UCCUGCUCAUCCCGCGCCGCUUUCAGAGCUGGUUUGACCCUCGGCACUCGCCGUAGGCUACCGCCUUGUCAGCUGCCGGCGCUUUUGUGAAGCGGCGGAAGCGGAGCGGGACGUGCGGUCGAGGGUGUCUGGAGCUGGAGGAGGUCCCGCUGCAGGGUUCCAGCCAUGUCUGACAAAAGUGAACUGAAGGCGGAGUUGGAGCGCAAGAAACAGCGAUUAGCUCAAAUCAGAGAAGAGAAGAAAAGAAAGGAGGAGGAAAGAAAGAAGAAAGAAACUGAUCAGAAGAAAGAAGCCCUUCCUAUACAAGAAGAAUCUGAUCUUGAAAAGAAGAGGAGAGAAGCUGAAGCGUUACUUCAGAGCAUGGGGUUGACACCUGAGUCUCCUGUUGCUGUGCAACCUCUGCGAAUAGUAACAGCGGAUACCUGUCUGUUUCACUAUUUAGUCCCUCCUCCUACCUCUCCGUCUUCCAAAUCUGUGAGUACACCAAGUGAGGCUGGAAGCCAGGACUCUGGUGAUGGCGCUGUUGGAUCUAGGACGCUGCACUGGGAUACUGAUCCAUCAGUUCUUCAGCUCCACUCUGAUUCCGAUCUGGGACGUGGACCUGUUAAACUUGGAAUGGCCAAAAUUACACAAGUUGAUUUUCCUCCUCGAGAAGUUGUUACAUAUACAAAGGAGACACAAACACCUGUUAUGACUCAGCCAAAGGAAGAUGAAGAAGAUGAAGAGGAUGUGGUUGCACCAAAACCAUUAGUUGAACCUGAAGAAGAAAAAACCUUAAAAAAAGAGGAGGAAGAAGAAGCUGCCCCUCAUGAACUUACAGAAGAGGAAAAGCAACAAAUUUUACAUUCCGAGGAAUUUCUAAGUUUCUUUGACCACUCUACAAGGAUUGUCGAGAGAGCCCUGUCUGAGCAAAUUAACAUCUUCUUUGACUACAGUGGGAGAGACUUAGAAGACAAGGAAGGAGAGAUUCAAGCCGGAGCAAAACUGUCCUUAAAUAGGCAGUUUUUUGAUGAACGUUGGUCAAAGCAUCGUGUCGUCAGUUGUUUGGACUGGUCAUCUCAGUAUCCAGAAUUACUUGUAGCCUCUUACAACAACAAUGAGGAUGCACCUCAUGAGCCUGAUGGGGUGGCCCUUGUAUGGAACAUGAAGUACAAGAAAACUACCCCAGAGUAUGUCUUUCACUGUCAGUCAGCGGUGAUGUCAGCUACCUUUGCAAAAUUUCAUCCCAAUCUGGUGGUUGGUGGCACAUACUCUGGCCAAAUAGUGCUGUGGGAUAAUCGCAGCAAUAAGAGAACCCCAGUGCAGAGAACUCCACUUUCAGCUGCUGCUCACACGCACCCAGUCUACUGUGUAAAUGUUGUUGGGACGCAGAAUGCUCAUAAUUUGAUUAGUAUCUCAACUGAUGGAAAAAUAUGCUCCUGGAGUCUGGACAUGCUUUCUCAACCCCAGGAUAGCAUGGAACUGGUUCACAAACAAUCCAAGGCUGUGGCUGUUACAUGCAUGUCCUUCCCUAUUGGAGAUGUCAACAACUUUGUUGUUGGCAGUGAAGAAGGCUCUGUGUACACUGCGUGUCGUCAUGGCAGCAAAGCUGGAAUCAGUGAGAUGUUUGAAGGACACCAGGGACCAAUCACAGGUAUCAACUGCCAUGCAGCAGUUGGGCCUGUAGACUUCUCACAUCUUUUUGUCACCUCUUCUUUUGACUGGACAGUAAAGCUUUGGACAACCAAGAAUAACAAACCCCUCUACUCCUUUGAAGACAACUCAGAUUACGUUUAUGAUGUGAUGUGGUCUCCAACUCACCCUGCCUUGUUUGCCUGUGUGGAUGGGAUGGGCAGGCUUGACCUGUGGAAUCUCAACAAUGAUACUGAGGUGCCAACUGCAAGCAUUACUGUGGAGGGUAACCCUGCUCUGAACCGCGUGAGAUGGACACAUUCUGGGAGAGAGAUUGCUGUUGGUGAUUCAGAGGGACAAAUAGUCAUAUAUGACGUGGGAGAGCAAAUUGCCGUUCCUCGCAGUGAUGAGUGGACUCGGUUUGGUCGAACCCUGGCAGAAAUAAACGCUAACAGAGCUGAUGCAGAAGAGGAAGCUGCAACCCGCAUACCGGCAUAGAUCUGUAACAACAGGCAGCAGUGGUAGAAUGGUGAUUGAUUUGAUGCAAAGUGCACGUCAGCUCAAGUAAUAGCUUAUGGGAGGGAUAUAUGGAUUCAACUAUGGACUUUGAAAAAUGUGUUAAGAUUACUGAAAAUCGGAUUGUCACUUUUUAUAUAUAAAUUACAAGCACAUACUUGGAUUUGUGUAACUUUUAAUACAGUUAACCUUGACUUUGCAAGGACCUUCUUUUGCUGAAACACUAACCUGGUGUAAAUUUGCUAUUGGGCUUCUGAACUUUCCACUUUGUAACAGUAUGUCUGAAAAGUGAAAGUUCUGUUUCUAACCUAAACUUUCCAUAUUACAAAGACUAGCCUUCAUUAGGUAGUUAAUCUCUGAAGCAUUCUUUAAUUUGAAUUACCCAUGAUAAUAAGCAUGCAUAUGUUCCAAGUAAGUUUCAUUGUUUAUAUAUGGAUAAGGUAGUGGGUAAUGUAUGUUAAUAAAAAAUUGUCUGUAGUUCCAAACUUGAUAAUUGGACCUGAAUUAAUGAAAUACAUAUUUAAUACCCAGUUCUUUUGUUUGAAUUGGUGCAUUAAAAGGUGAGACUGAUUCAUGAAUAAAUAUUGUAUGAGCACUUGUCA